CAGUCCGUGGUUUACCAUCUCCCGGCUGACAUGCAGUGUUUUACCCUCAGCUGGGCUGGCCAGGUCCCCACGAGCCUGUGUUUGUACACGAGGUGCUGGUGUAAACUGUGCUUGAAUUCAUCCUGGGCAUGUUGUGGUGCAGCUGUGGCCAGCAUUCCCGAGCUGUGUUCUUACUCACCCCAGCUCACUUGUUUGUUCUGUCUUCUCCUGAGAUGCAGCAGUGUUUUCCAUGUCACCCUGCUUAGGCCCACAGCACUAACGCUGUUUCUUUCACAGGCUGCCUGCCAAGGCUCAGGCUGCCCUGUGGUAAGAUUCAUACUGUGGGUAUGUCACUGUGAGGACUGGGCUAAUCUUUUGGUUAUGCCUUUCCAGCAUUCCCUGAUCCUUCAGAGUGCCCUUCAGAGGAAAGCAUUGCAGAAUGGAGAACUAUAAGAAGACCAAAAUUGUGGAGAAACCUUGUCCUCUUCCUUUCACUGACCUGCCCGCUGAUAUCAUUGAAAUGAAGGUGAAGGACGGGAGCAAAAUUAGGAAUCUGAUGGGCUAUGCCAUGAGCAAGAUGGAGCAGGACUCGGUGAGGCAGAUUCUUUUCACGGGCUCGGGCAAGGCCGUCAGCAAGACCAUCACCUGUGUGGAGAUCAUGAAACGAAGGCUGAAGGAGCUGCACCAGAUCACCAAAGUGCUCUUCAAGCAGAUCGAAGAAAUCUGGGAACCCAUUGUGCCUGAGGCAGGCCUGGAUGCCUUGACAGUGAAGAGAAACAUUCCUGCCAUUUGUGUCCUGCUGAGCAAAGACGCCCUGGAUCCCCAGGAGCCGGGAUACCAGGCCCCAGGCUCUUUCGAUGCCUUCUGGACUGAGACGCUGAAGGCAGAAUCGCAGGGGCAGAUGAAGAGGAAGCAGGGAGGAGGCCGGGGAGCUGCCAGCACCGGGAAGCACCCUCGCUCCACCGGGGGAGUCCCGGGGGGGCCCUGAGGCGGCGGCUCCGCGCGUGCUUCGGGAGCUGCAGGAAGCAGCCCGGGGCUGAGGCUGCACGGCUGCUGCUGAACACGGGGGCUCACGGAGGUGUGAGGGGAGGGCAGGACGAGCGGACUGGGUGUGAUCAUUGCUGUCUGAAAACGUGUUUUGACAAGUUCCCUUGCCAAAGGCUGCCGGGCUGUACUCCUUAGGGGAUCACAGAAGAUGGGAGUUGCCUCUUCUUGAGCAAGAACUGUUGGUGUGCUGUCAGUGAGUCCCACCAAGGGCUGCUAGCCCAGUGAGGUUUCAGGUGCCUGGGCGUGCAGCAGCCCGGGCAGUGGGACAGACACCUGUCUGUGUGGCAGGUGCAGGUUGCUCUGACCAGUACAAAGGGGAGACAGGACCUGAUGCGGAAUCCCUGGGGAAGCUGCCAGCGUCGCCCAGGCUCAUGAGCAUACAGACAGCAGGGCACAGGGCUGGGACAGCCAUCUCUGUGCCUGGAGAGUCCUUCUGCUGAGCCUGUGGGGGAGUUGACUGUAGGACUGUCAGGGUGCAGCUCUGUCUGGCAUCUUGUGCAUGUAGCUCCUUGGCUCAGCAGAGCUGGCGGUCGUGGUUCUCUCCAAACAGGGAGCAGUCGACUCGCGUUGCAACCAGCCUGAAAUCCUGUGGCUCUGCAGCUGUCCUGGGGUGGUGGUAAUGGGAAGCUCCAAAGGAUCCUGUUCUUUCCGCUUUCUGCUCCUUGGUAAUGCACAAAGAUGGCUUUAAAAUAAAGAUGUAACUUCGUGUAACUUGGA